UGAAAGAAGCUGGAAGAGACUUUACCUAUUUUAUUGUGGUGCUUGUUGGAAUUGGUGUUACAGGUGGUUUGUUCUAUGUGAUUUUUAAAGAGCUAUUCUCUUCUUCUAGUCCAAGUAAGAUCUAUGGAGACGCCUUGGAGAAAUGCAGAUCUCAUCCUGAGAUAAUUGGUGUUUUUGGUGAAUCUAUUAAAGGUUAUGGAGAGGCAACAAGAAGAGGAAGACGACAGCUUGUCAGUCACAUUGAAUACGUAAAGGAUGGACUGAAACAUAUGCGUUUGAAGUUCUAUAUUGAGGGCUCUGAACCAGGGAAGAGAGGAACAGUCCACGUGGAAGUCAAAGAGAAUCCUGAGAGAGGAAGAUUUGAGGUCCGCUACAUAUUUGUGGAUGUUGACACCUAUCCUAGAAGAACCAUUGUCAUAGAAGACAACAGAUAGCCGAUGAUCAAAGUUGCUGCCUCAUCUUGUUGAGUGUUGGAUGGUAUUGCUGUAGCCAGUCUACACAUGAAUUCUUUGGUGUUCCCGAUUUUAUUUUGCAACUUUGGGGUUGCAUUACAGGAAGUAGCCUCUAAAAGCCUCCGUUAAAGUCUGUCAUAGUAACAGAUACAGGACUUGAAGCAAAUCCAAUGAAAUAUAGUAGAGCCAUCACUUA